GGCAAUGGGAGGGCUCCUGCAGAGCCUCCUGGGAAGGGGCCUGGGAGAUGGAGAGACAGAUUCUUGAGAAGUUUAUCUUCAUAGUGUAGUUACUGCUACAUUGAAGAAAGAAGCGCAGAGACCUACAUCCAUCUCUCCUUCCCUAUUGCCCAAGAAGCCCCACGCCUCCUCACUGUUCAUAUGCCCAUUCUCAGAAACCGCUUCCCAGGCGUCUCAUCUGGAGCCUUCCUGCCUGGGCACUCAUACCUGCAGGAUUGCCCUUGCCUGUACCCAAGUUCUUUCUUAGGACUACUUCUUACAGGGCCAUACAGUGAAGUGUGGGCCGCUCUUCUGGUCAAACAUUGAACCAACACCCUUGUUGAUUAAGAACACCUUGAUGGAUUUGAAAAAUAACUGGUGAGAUCUUCAUUUUACUGCCAACUCUUUCCACUGUAUAUGACUGGAUCCAUUGCUUGAAGAGAAAGAAACAGCAAUUGCAGGAGUUUUGUAAGCCAUAUUUUCCAACGGCGGUCCUCUGAAGCCUGAAGCCUGAAUAUUUGACUCUAUGUCUCUACACAGCCUGCUUUGGAAUCAUGAGAGACGAAAUUGCAACAGCGGUUUUUUUUGUCACAAGAUUGGUGAAAAAGCAUAAGAAACUGAGUGCUCAACAGAUAGAAACCUUUGCACUAAAGCUGAUGACCGUCUUGUUUGAAAAGUACAGAGGUCACUGGCACCCUGACUGCCCUUCCAAGGGGCAGGCUUUUAGGUGUAUCAGGAUAAACAACAAUGAGAAUAAAGACCCUGUUUUAGAAAGGGCUUGUGCUGAGAGUAAUGUGAAUUUUUUUCAUCUGGGACUUCCAAAGGAGAUGACCAUAUGGGUCGAUCCCUAUGAGGUGUGCUGUAGGUAUGGUGAGAAAAAGCAUCCCUUUACAAUUGCUUCUUUUAAAGGUAGAUGGGAGAACUGGGAGUUGGCUCAGCACGUCAGCUGUGCAGUUAACAGAGCCACUGGAGACUGCUCCUCUGGCACAUCUUCUGAUGAAGAAAGCUGCGGCAGGGAGGCCCAGGUCAUCCCCAAAGUGAACAACCCAAAGAGCGUCUACCAGGUUGAAAAUUUCAAACAGUCAUUGCAGCCGUGGUUCUGCCUCCCCCGUAGAAAGCAUUUGGCAGAUGGUCGUGGGUUCCUCCCGGGGGCUGCUUACCACCCAGUGCCCAAGAGCUCUAAGUGGUGCCGACCUGCUUCUCGCAGGGUGGACAGAUAUCACUGGGUCAACGCACAACUGUUCAGUGGUCAGACAGCACCAGGAGAGCCUGGAGAAGAGGCCUUGUCUUCCCUAAAGCAAAAAUGAGGCUAAAGCCAAGAAAUGACCCCAGUAGAAAAAAAUGCCUGCUUCAGGAAUGUGAGCACAGAAGGCCGUCCUUGCACACAGACCAGCACUUGACUUUUAGCUACUUUUAAUUCUUAUUUAACUUUAUGUAAAAUUUUAUGAACACUAGUGAAUAUAGGUGCCUAGUAAAGUGAUAGAACGGAGAUGUUGCCGGUGAUAAAAUAAAAUGAAUUAUAGGAAGGAAGACUUGAAAUAAAUACUCUUGUGUUUUUAACAAACUUCUAGUUCAGUUUGUUGCAAGAAAGUUUUAAGUCUUGUUUUAAUCAUUGUUUUGAAAGUAGGUUUUCAACUAAGGAAGAUUGAGCCUGACAAAAUCCCCUCUGGACUUGUCUUUUUCUUUUUUUUUCCUGUAACCAGUCUAUUUUAUAAAUCUGUUAAAAGCUUGGUGGAAAUUUUAAAGAUUAAUCCCCUUUUUAUAUCACAACUGAAAGUUAAUAGAUUUACCGAUAUGAUCUAUUUUAUAAAAGUGGUACUUGCUUCUAAUAAAAGUAUUCAAACUAAGCCAAGAAA